AUGGUUCGAGGGGCUCUACCGCUGGGAGCGAAUCUGAGGAACCAUGGCAUCAACACAACGGGAACAUGCCCACAUUGCAACGAGGAUGAAACCGCACUACACCUCUUCUUCCUUUGCCCGUUUGAGCAACAAGUCUGGAACAGGGCCCCGCUACGAUCUCUACCAGAUUUUUCCGGCACCUCGUCACUCCAUGAAGCUUUCGAGAUCAUGUCGACAUGUCUCAGUCUCCCACCCAUUGGAGUCGCAAGCAAGCUUACCUCCUGUAUCCUGUGGGGAAUCUGGACUACACGCAAUCUUCUAUUGUUCGAGAACAGAGCACUGCCUGCAAAAACAGCAAUGGAUACAGCUGCCUCUAAUGCUCGUGAAUGGUCACAAGCGCAACCAGCAACUGAUAUUGUCCGACAACCCCUGCAGAUUGAGCCAGAGCUCCCGCCUAUUCCAACAGACGCUCUCCUCUGCAACUCCGACGCGGCAUGGAUCUCUGAUACAAGAAGAGCAGGUCUGGGAUGGCUUUUCCGCAAAGCUGAUAACACCACCUACUCGGAAGGAUCGCGAGCAUUGGAACUGGUCUCAUCACCUCUUAUGGCAGAGGCGCUUGCCAUGAGGGAAGCAUUGUUGGAAGCAAAGCGCUUAUCUCACCUCAAAGUCUGGUUUCGAACCGACUCCCGAGAGCUCGCAAGAGCUAUCAACUCGAAAUCAUAUCCGAUGGAGCUUUUUGUAGCCAACUCCAUCGCGAAAUCGGCACUGCAUAACUCCCGCCUUAUCUUGUACUGA